UGUUGUGACUGCAUUUCCAUUUUAUGUUUGAACUGCUGCAUCUGGCCUGUUUUCAUUUAUCAUAUUCCACGAGAAUUCAUUGAGGGUUUUUGAAGUAGAUACGAAUCCAAACAUUGUUAUGAUUUUUAGCCAUGAUGACUUAAACAUCGAAAUGAAUGACUUCAAAAACACCGGUCGUCGACUCGUACUGGAGUAAGAUAUUUUUACUACGUUAUGGAAAGCAGUUUCAUGCCUAAAGGCACUUUACGAAUUCAAGAUGUCUUCUGUAAAAGUCUGUGUUCGUGUGAGGCCUUUCAACAACAGAGAAUUAAAUCGAAAGUGCAAGUGUAUUAUAGGAAUGCAUGGUUCCUCUACGACCAUUCUUAACCCAAAGAACUUGAGUGAAAAGCCCAAAAAUUUCACCUUUGACUAUUCCUACUGGUCACAUAACCAGGGUGAUGGUCAUUUUGCUAGUCAGAAGCAAGUUUACAGUGACGUUGGUAGAGACAUGCUUCAGCAUGCAUUUGAAGGAUAUAAUAUCUGUAUUUUUGCCUAUGGUCAAACUGGAUCUGGUAAAUCUUACACAAUGAUGGGAAAACAGGAAUCAGACCAAAAGGGCAUUAUACCUCAGCUUUGUGAAGAACUCUUUCAAAAAGUUGAAGAAGGAACAAAUGAUGAAUUAACUUUUUCAGUAGAGGUGAGCUAUUUGGAGAUCUACUGUGAAAGAGUAAGAGAUUUGUUGAGUCCAACAGCAAAGAAUAAUCUUAGAGUGAGAGAGCACCCUGUGCUUGGCCCAUAUGUUGAAGACCUAACAAAGCUUGCUGUCACAUCGUUUGCUGAUAUCAAUGACCUCAUAGACGAAGGAAAUAAAGCCAGAACUGUUGCAGCUACCAACAUGAAUGAAACCAGCAGUAGAUCACAUGCUAUAUUUAGCAUUAUAUUUACGCAGAGGAAAUAUGAUGAUCUCAGCAAGCUUACAACAGAAAAGGUCAGUAAACUAAGCCUGGUUGAUCUCGCUGGAAGUGAAAGAGCAGACUCUACUGGGAACACUGGAGAAAGGUUAAAGGAGGGUGCCAACAUCAACAAAUCGCUUACUACGUUAGGCAAAGUCAUAUCCGCUCUGGCUGAACAGUCUUCCCACCAUAAAAAGAAGAGAAGAUCUGAAUUCAUUCCUUAUCGAGAUUCCAUCUUGACUUGGUUAUUGAAGGAAAAUCUUGGUGGCAACUCAAAGACUACAAUGAUUGCUGCUAUAAGCCCUGCAGAUAUCAACUUUGAUGAAACUCUGAGUACGUUAAGGUAUGCCGAUCGAGCAAAGCAAAUAGUYUGUAAAGCUGUUAUUAACGAAGAUCCUAAUGCAAAGAUUAUACGCGAACUCAAAGAAGAAGUGGCWCGAUUAAAGGAAAUUCUCGUCUUGGAGGGCUACGAUGUAAAUCACCUUGACUUGGUCAAGCCUGGUCCUUCUCGUCGAACAAGUGAAGAGUUUGGGACAAUAGAAAGACUUCAGGCCUCCGAAAAACUCAUUGCGGAGCUGAACGAAACUUGGGAAGAAAAACUGCGGAAAACGGAAGCCAUAAAACAAGAGAGGGAGGCAAUGCUYGUCGAGAUGGGUGUGGCAAUUGGUGUCGAUGGACACACUGUUGGACUGUUUCAGCCGAAAAAGAGACCRCAUUUGGUCAACCUUAACGAAGAUCCUUUGAUGUCUGAAUGUCUGCUAUAUUAUAUUAAAGAUGGCAUUACGAGGGUAGGAAGUGCGCAUGCCCAAAGCCAUCAAGACAUCCAACUUAGUGGUACUCAUAUCUUAGAUGAACACUGUGUUCUUGAGAACACWGAUAAUGUUGUGAAAAUGACACCMUGUGAAAGUAGCCGAACUUUUGUAAAUGGACGACUGAUAUCCGAACUAACAAUAUUAAAAUCAGGAGAUCGUAUUAUUCUUGGAAGCAAUCAUGUGUUCAGAUUUAACAACCCUCGUCAAGCACUCGCAGAGCGAAUUAGAAGAUCACGUGACAAUGUCAACCUCGAAAAUACAGCAGCUCGUGAAUCGAGUGAAGAGCCCAUGGACUGGUCAUUUGCUGUACUUGAGUUACUAAGAGAACAGGGCUAUAUGAAGGAAAUGAACGACAGAGUGAUUGAACUUGAAGAUAGAAUACAACAAGAGAAAGAUCAAGCUGGACUGCUGUUGGARCAACAAAGAAAGAGCUACGAAAGUAAACUUCAAGAACUUCAAAGACAGRUGGAGCUGACCUCAUUUCCCUCCAGCGAUCUUGAGCAAGACAGUGACUUUGACYUGACGAGUGUCGAAAGCGAAAGUCCUUUCACUGAAAGAGACAUGAAUCUAGCUGCAUCUGUCAUACAAAAGUGGAAAGCUUUUCGUUAUGCUUCAUUGAAGGAUGAUAUUCUAAGUUACGCAGUCUUACUUAAAGAAGCUAACGCUAUUAGUGUGGAGCUGAAAAAAAAAGUAGAGUUUCAAUUUACGUUAUUAACAGACACAUUGUUUACCCCAAUACCAACACACACUUGUCCAGACAGAAAACAAACAGGCACAGUUGUUGCUGUGGAAGUCCAGGAUAAGAAGAAUGGUGCCAAUCAUUAUUGGUCACUGGACAAAUUAAGAGCUCGUCUGGAGGACAUGAGGUUUAUGUAUGAAACUGCUGCUGAAUCUACUGCUGUCUCAUUUGAGUCAGGCGAUCCUUUCUACGAUGAAUUUCCGUGGUUUAGUCUUGUAGGAAGGUCGUUCGUUUAUUUAAGUAAUCUUGUGUAUGGCAUAAGUCUACGACAGGCCACGCCAAUCAUAAGCGAAGCAGGCAAAUUACAAGGGCAUGUUUUAAUCGACAUUCAACAAUGUUAUGACCAAACAUUAGAAAUAGACCAAGCAAGCAAGUCAUCUGUUUUAUGGAUUAUAUUUGGAGAGCAAAUCAAGAAAUGGCGACAACUUGAUUGUAAUCACUCGGACGACGAGAGCAGUAGCCAGCCAUUCACAAAAGGUUCGCUUGUUGUCGGSUCGACGUUCAUAUUCACGAUUACUGUGCUCAAGGCUUCCGGGCUUCCUGUGGACUACACUGAUUUGUUCUGCCAAAUAAGGUUUCUCAACUCCGCUGAGGACGUUGGUUUUUCCACUGAGCCGGUCAGCGGAGAGUCCACCGUUGAAUUCAACCAUUGUCAAAAGCUGGGCGUCAUGGUAACCAGAGAAUUCAUUGACUACGUCAGUAGUAAGCCUUUGCACAUUCAAGUGUUUGGUCACUAUAGAAACCAUCCUCGUCACCAGGCCAGUAUUCCACGAGAUGUUCCGAACGCGUUGGGGGACAUUCUUUCUAAGUUACCGGAGAGAAUCAACUACUCCGAUGUCAAAAUUGAAGAGGAAUCUCUAAACUCUACGCUAGAUAUGGUAGUUUGGAUUGAAAUAUUCGAAUUGUCGCCCUCAGGAGAGUACUUCCCGUGUGUCGUAAAACAAACAUCUAGCGACAAAAACGAUUGGAUUUUUCGAUUGCAUCAGGGAAUUCAAAGACGUUUAGUAGUAACAAUAAUGCAUGAGAAUUCUCCGGAAUUUAGAAUGAGAAGAUUAAAAACCGUGACAAUAGGUCAAGUUCGUUCGACCAGAUCGCCUUCAAGUAGACCUUCGCAGCCUCUAUCACUAAACAUACUAUCGCCUCAGAUCCAGUCCCACCCGGACGAUGAUAAAGCGGUCUUUAAGUUCGAGGCGGCUUGGGACUCGUCACUUCAUAAUUCAUUCCUUCUGAAUAGAGUAACACCUCCUGGCGAGGUUGUUUAUGUAACAAUGUCUGCUUCUAUUGAGAUUGACAGUUGUUGUCGCAGUACCUAUUUACAGAAAGAUAUCUGCCUGGAGGUGUUCAGUAGAGAUGCUAAAACGACUCCUUCAAGAUCUGUAUGGAAAGUACUGACUGGUUCUCCUUCUUCAAGCUGUUACAAAUACAGUGGAAUAUAUGAAUUAAUAYUGCAUCCUGCAGAUGAACACGGGCACGUUCGAAAGCCAAGACGAAAGAUUGUUGAUACUUCAACUAUCUACGUAAGAGGAGAGGAAAACCUACAAGGAUGGAAACCUAAAGGCCCGUCUAUAAUAGACGAACAUCAAAAACAACUGGAUAGAUUAGAACAAAUACACGAGGUUGUUAAGGCAAGACACAUACUGCUUGUAGCAGAACGUCUGCGUGAACCAGAAUGCACUGCGAUACUUCCACCUUCAAAUACGACUCCAUUCCCAGCAUGCAGCACAAGCGUUCCUUCAACCCAGUCCUCCUCCUUGGAUCGGCUGUUGCUCACAUCAUCUUGUCUGUCUGUCUGCUCGCUCUCGGUAGGCACACAAACAAAUAUUUACAAUCAAAAGACUCAGGACUCACUUGUAACAAAGUGUUUAAAUCUCCUUACGUCAAAGAAGAUUACCAAAGACUUCGAGCAAAUGACUCAAACUCCAAAAACACAGCCCAACCACAGCACAUCAAAAGAUGACUCGAUCACUCGAUCUGAAUACUUCAUUCCAAUUAUGAAAGAAAUACGAAAAAAUCCUGUCAUCACGAAAGCAGGGUACCUGUCAAUCAUGGACGAUAGCUCAUGUCGAUGGAAAAGACUUUGGGUGGUUGUACGCAAGCCCUAUAUUCUCUUUUACAGCCACGAUCUCAAAGAUCAAGCACAAGACGACAAAAUCGAUAAUAAUUUKGCAGCUCRUGUUGGUGCUUUAAAUAGUAUAGGGGUACAAAAUUUAAUUUAUAUUUUCUAGAUUUAUAAAAAAAAACGAAACGAGAGCGGUUGAUAAUUGGUCUAAAAACUUGAACGAUUACUUUAAUUUACUUCGACGCUAACAUCAUUAKUUUGUGGACAAAAAACCGCCCACAUUUAAUUUUGGUAAAUCGUGCAGCUAGUUGCUUUAAGGUUACAACGGCCAUGAAAAUAAAUGAAUAAAAGAAUUAUUAUUAAAAUGAGAAAUAAUUAGAAAAUAGCAUCGUAAUAAGUCGAAUAUUCCAAGGAAUAAGAAAUUGACUUUUUUUAAAUGACAGUAAUAAAAUUUGAAUGAAUUAGGAAAACAUUUGCUGUAAAGAAAACAAGGUGGGUGGAAAUAAAUCAAAAUUUUACAAUA